UCCCAUUCCAUCGGCUGUUCCGUCCUUCUUUCCCUCACGGAAGUCCCAUAUCGGUGUUAUUGUACUUUACUUGUCCACACCUCUGUCAGUUGUGUCUCGUUACUCAAUCAACGCCAUCCACUACUGACUGAGAGGACUUCUCGAGUCUUGUUCCACGACUACGGUACGGCGCCUCCUCCUACAUCCAGAUCAGCACAAAUUAAUUGAGUAACAAGUCGUCACGGUUCGCGGUCCAUUCUUCAUCCAUCAGCCAUGUCUCGAGUCCUGGUCGGAGUUAAGCGAGUUAUCGACUAUGCCGUCAAGAUCCGCGUCAAGCCGGACAAGUCCGGAGUGGUGACCGAGGGCGUCAAGCACUCGAUGAACCCCUUCGACGAGAUCGCCGUCGAGGAGGCGGUCAAGAUGAAGGAGAAGAAGAUCGCCUCGGAGGUGGUGGCCGUCUCGGUGGGGCCGGCCCAGUCCCAGGAGGUGCUCCGUACCGCCCUGGCCAUGGGCGCUGACCGGGGCAUCCACAUCGAGGUGUCCGGCAAGGACUACGAGCUGCUGCAGCCGAUCCAUGUGUCGAAGAUCUUGGCCAAGCUGGCCCAGGACGAGAAGGCCGAUCUGGUGAUCCUCGGCAAGCAGGCGAUCGAUGACGAUUGUAACCAGACCGCUCAGAUGACGGCCGCUCUGCUGGACUGGCCACAGGCCACGUUUGCCUCUAAGGUUGAGAAGACCGGCGAUGGUUUAACGGUGGUGCGUGAGGUCGAUGGUGGCUUGGAAACGAUCAAGACCAAGGUCCCGGCGGUGAUCAGUGCCGAUCUGCGGUUGAACACUCCCCGCUACGCGACGUUGCCCAACAUCAUGAAGGCCAAGAAGAAGCCCAUCAAGAAGGUGGCCCCGAAGGAUCUGGGCGUGGAUACGACCCCCAGGAUCGAGGUGGUGUCCGUUGAGGAUCCUCCGGUGCGCCAGGCCGGUUCGAUCCUGCCCGAUGUGGACACUCUGCUGAGCAAGCUGCGCGAUGGAGGACACAUCAAGUAGGAGGGAAGUGUAAAGUAGUUUCUCGUUUUUUUCACUCGAUCGGUUCAGUCACAAAGUGCAUUUUUCUAUUUUUCGAACUGGAUCGCGAUCGGUUGAUCGAUCGAGUUUGUGUUAGGUACGAAAAGUUGUUUGAUUGUGUUGUGGUGCAAAUAAAAUUUGUAAAAUAAAAAGGAAAAUCCAAGAGCUUCCCAGUGCCGCGUGA